AUGUCUGGCACCUCCAACGUCGGUUCCGGCCAGGUCUAUGAGGCCGGUGACCAGCGAGUGCCGCCGGACUCGCAAAAGGGCGGCAGUCAAGCAUAUGAAGAGGGACAGAAGAAUUCUCAUCUGGGAAAUGAUUCGAAAGACAGCCGCUCGAUAGCGAACCGCCUGGCCGCGUCGGGCCCGCAAAACACCCAAUCCACCUCGGACGACACGUCCAGCUCCGGCAAGUCCAAGAGCGCCGAGACGCGCGCCGGAGAGGUCGACCCGACCGCGCCCGCGAAGAUGCACGGCAACCAGCCCAGCCGCGGCGCGCGGAUCGACAAGGAGCUGCAGGACGAAGAGGCGGCGAUCUUGGCGAAGAAGGACGCCGCGAAGGGCGGGAGUAAGAGCGGUGGGACGGGCGAUGCCGUGGGGAAGAAGUGA